UUUUUGUUUUUCUAUUAAAAAAAAGCAUUGAAAUUUCAAAAACCCAAAAUACCCUCCAAAACAGAAAUCAAACCACUAAGCUCCAGUGUCUUGCAAUUCUUUAAACAGAUCCAAACAUGGCGUUGAAUAAUCCACGAUUAAAAACCCUAGAAACCGCAGCUGUUGAUAAUACUGCUAGUGCUACUGCUUCUACUUCUCGGAGCCCCAACGAGCAACCCGAGUCCAUACCCGAAGAAGAAGAUGUAGAGGACAAAGAGUUGGAAAAUUUGGAGUUGGAAGCGGAAGAAAUGGUGAAGAAGAUUAUAGAGUACAGAGCCAGUCUUCCAGAUCAGCUUAAGACUACUUUUUCUUCUAUUCUUUCUGCUCAGCGACCCGUUUUAGCACAUAUUGAUUCUGGGUCGGAUCCUGGACCCGCCGGAGAGUCCUAUGAUUCAGAUUUGAGAGGGCAGAAUAAAUCCAGUAACUCGGCAUUACCAACAGAAGGGGAGGAAAAGAUUGCCGACAAAGUACGAUUGUUGAAAGAUAAAAUUUCCAGUAAUAUAUCUGCUAUGCCUAUCGUACUAAAGAGGAUGAGAGAGUCUGUAUCUAAGAUUGAUAACCUAGAUUCUGACAAUGGAAUCAUACAUCCAGCUUUUAAAAGGAAGAGUAGCUGACCAGGUUAAAUUCAGAUCUCACUCGCUUUAGUAUUCAAUUUUAGCUUGAAGAGGAAUGACAAGGGUGCUUUGAUGCUCGACUCAUGUAGAUUUUGUACAAGGCAUCCAGGCAUCCAACUGUUGAGGGACUUCAUUAGCUAACUAUGUGUUGGGACAUUCAGUUGUAAUGUAAUCACUCAAAGCAUCAAUUUUGACAUGUAUCAUAAUUUGUCGAUAAAAUAUCCUGAAGAAACUCGUGCACUGAUUUAAUUAUUCAUUUAAGAUGAA